UCAAACGGUGCUCUGGUUUCCUACCGGUAACGAUAAACCAGUGCCAUGGCUGAAGCACAUUCAGCUGUCGCAUUCUCGUUCUCCAUCACCCACGAAGGAUGGGACAUCAACUACGAUCGUGAGGUGUUGGAUCUUGUGUGGCAGUCCGGUGUCAGAUCAUGGAAGAAACGGUUGGCCCGAUUCAGGACUGGUGUACGCAACGGUGUCUACCCGGCCCAUCUACAAAGCCUGUGGUUGGUUAUAGCGAUAGCGAUAGGAUUACAUUUCACCCGCAAACACGUGCCGUUUGAUUUGGUGAACAAAUGGCUAACCGUUUUACCAGGAGAUUCACUGCAAUGGCAACUGACGGCAUGUUCUCUUGCCGGUUUGGUGGUUUGGCUCUCGAUCUGCUAUACAAUGCGGUACUCGUUGAAGUUGUUGCUCAUGUACAAGGGAUGGAUGUAUGAAAAACGUGCACCUGGCAGCAAAGUAUCUCUAAUGACCCGACUUUGGGGGCUGGUCGUGAAAGUGCUUGCCACCUGGAACAAACCUGGACUAUACAGUUUCCAAGGAUCUCUGCCAAGGCUGCCAUUGCCGAGCGUGAAGGAAACGAUGUCACGCUAUCUCCGCUCCGUUCGUCCUCUCCUAGAUGAUGCCAACUACAAUCGUAUGGAAAGGUUAGCGAACGAGUUCCAGCAAGGCAUUGCUACCAAACUGCAGCGGUAUCUGGUUCUUAAGAGCUGGUGGUCUACGAACUACGUGUCCGAUUGGUGGGAGGAAUACGUGUACCUGCGAGGUCGUGGCGCUCUGAUGGUCAACAGUAACUUUUACGGCAUCGAUGCAAUUUUUACACACCCGACGCAGGUCCAGAGUGCCCGUGCUGCUAGCGUGGUCAAUUUGUUGUUGAACUUCCGUCGCACAGUAGAGCGACAGGAGCUCGAGCCUAUUCUAGUGCAAGGUUUGGUACCGCUGUGCUCGUGGCAGUACGAGCGUAUCUUCAACACUGUUCGUGCGCCUGGUGUAGAAACUGAUAAAAUCAUUCACUACCAAGAUUCGAAUCACAUUGUUGUCCUGUUUCGUGGCUGUUACUAUAAAGUUAUCAUCUACCAUAACGGGCGUCUGCUGCGACCGUGCGAGCUGCAAAUUCAAAUCGAACAUAUCCUGCAACAACGCGAUGAAAAGCCCCAGCCGGGUGAGGAAUUGCUAGCUUCGCUAACCGCUGGAGAUCGCACGAAAUGGGCACAGACCCGGCAAACGGUGUUCGCGAAAGGUGCCAACCGUACCUCUCUGCAUACGGUUGAGAGUGCCGCGUUUCUGUUAUCUCUCGAUGAACAUCCUUUCGAGUUUGAUUUGGCGCAUCCAGAAAAGCUCGAUCAGUUUGGGCGCUACUUGCUGCAUGGUAAUGGGCACGAUCGCUGGUUCGAUAAAAGCUUUACCGUGUGUGUGGGUAGCAAUGGCAGGAUCGGAUUCAAUGCAGAGCAUACGUGGGCUGAUGCACCUGUUAUGGCUCAUGUUUGGGAAAAUAUUGUCGCUGAAGAGGCAACCAGUAAACGAUACGACGAUAAUGGGAACGCCGUCGGGAUACCAGAAUUUGAACCUCCAACUCCUAAGCGCUUGGUGUGGGACCUCAACGACAAAGUAGCGCUGGACGCUAUAGAUGAGGCACACCUUGCCGCCCAGAAGCUGUUGAAUGAUGUUGAUCUGCGAAUCCUUGUUCACGAUGCCUAUGGUAAGGGAUUGAUGAAGACGUGCCGCCUUUCUCCGGAUGCCUUCAUUCAAAUGGCGCUGCAGUUGGCAUACUUUAGAGAUUCGGGAAAAUUCUCCCUCACCUACGAAGCGUCGAUGACGCGGUUGUUCCGCGAAGGUCGCACCGAAACCGUUCGUCCAUGCACAAUUGAAUCGGCAGCGUGGGUGAAAGCCAUGUUAGAUAGCAAUGUUUCGGUUGAGGAACGAGUUCGUUUGUUGAAUGCUGCCAGUGAACGACACCAGCUUGGCUAUCAGGACGCAAUGUGCGGCAAAGGCAUCGAUCGACAUCUGUUUUGCUUAUACGUGGUGUCGAAGUAUCUGGAGAUUGACUCGCCCUUCCUGCAGGAGGUGCUGAGUGAGCCUUGGAGAUUAUCUACUAGUCAAACGCCGCAUGGACAAACGUCAAAAAUGGACCUGAAGAAGCAUCCCAACUGCAUUAGUGCUGGAGGUGGCUUCGGUCCUGUCGCCGACGAUGGGUACGGUGUUUCGUACAUUGUAGCCGGUGAAGAUUUAAUUUUCUUCCACAUAUCGUCAAAGAAAUCGUGUGGGACGACGAGCUCGGAAAGGUUCUCGCAACAAAUUUGCCGUGCGUUGGCUGAUAUGAAACAUCUGUUUGAAGAAUACCGUUCUCUACAGAAGAAGGCCAUCUCGAAUGGAACCGACAAAGGGAAGGCCAAAUAGUGAUCACCACCGACGGAUGUAUAAUUUGAAUACAAUCAUCAUCGCAACAUAUCGUGUAAAAUGCCGAUUCUUUUACACAACAUCACACAAAUCAUUAUGAAACACGCAGGUUUCAUUUUAUAACUACUGCAAAUCUACCUGAAUAUCCUUCAAUAUUGGUUUGUUCCUACACGUAUUCUUCAAAAAAAGAGUGUGAUGUUGUAGUAUAAUAUAUACAGAAAGAAGGCAUCACUUGGUGCUGCUACUGCAAAGUUAUCCUUCGAAAAGAAAGUUCGAAAGGCUGAUAUUGUUGGAAAUACUGAUGUAAUGUAAAGUGCAAUGCAAUAACGUUCAGUCCUCAGUACUAGUAAAUGUUUUAGAGAGAGAAAGGUGGAUCGUUGAACAAUGAGUCUUCGGUAGCAGACAACGACGGCAUGAUACAAUUUGUAACACAUCACAGAACGAAACCAGGUUGAAUUGUUUUUUUUUUAAAUAAGUAUGAUCAACAAGAUCCAAAAGAACUGCUGGAAACUACGCAAUCAUCAAUGCAAUUCAAAGACAUGUAGCAUCCAACACACAACUAGCUAUGAAGAUGAUGUGGCACCAAAUGAAAAAUUCAACAAACAAUCAAUUUUCUGUUUUUUUCUUUCUAGUAUGUUAAGUAAAGGAAGUAGAAAAUGUUGUAGAUAAUAUUAGAUCGGUAAGCUUAUACGAACAGGGAAUGAAGAUGUAGGUAAUCAAAGUGCAAGAAAGUAUAGUAAGCGGAAGAUAAUACAAGUGGUAUAGAUGCGCUAACACAAACAACUGAAACUAGCCACUUUUUAAGCUGUUUUACAAUAUAACAAUAAAUCUUAUUUUGGAAAAAGUAA